AUGGCCACCCUCGACUCCCUAAAGCGAGCCCUUAGGCAGAAAGCAAGCGCAACGGCGUCGUCCCCGAAGCAGCCGUUGUCCGACACACAGUACAGCGCCGGCUUCGAUAUCUUAGUGCGGGGCUCAGGAUGGACGACGUACCAAGAGUUCAUUAUCCCUCAACUAUCUCAGCUGCUAGACCCUCUCUUCAACUCGCGUAUCCGUAUCUCGGCACUAGAAAUCGGACCCGGCCCGAAAAGCCUAUUUGGAUAUCUUCCCGGCCGUCUGAGAAGAAAGGUAAGGAGAUACACUGCGUUCGAGCCUAACGGCUUGUUUUCCACAAGGUUGGAGGAAUGGCUUCGCUCUACCUCCGACACGGAGUCCCCGCUGCCCUGUCUGGAAAGCCCGCCCAACAUCCAUCGAAUUCCAUUCGUUCUGGACGACAACAUAGGGACCGGCACCGGUACCGGUACGAGUGAUGAAGAUGAAAAAUACGACAUCAUCCUAUUCUGCCACAGCAUGUACGGCAUGAAGCCGAAACACAGGUUCAUCGAACGAACGCUGGAAAUGCUUGUCGAGCGGCCACAAGGCGGAAUGGUGGCAGUUUUCCAUCGUGACGGGGCCCUGCACCUCGACGGCUUGGUGUGCCAUCGAACGGCUUCUUUUCCUACCGGAGUCGUUCGCGUGGCAAAUGACGACGAGGUACUAGACCGUUUUGCUCUUUUCAUCACGGGGUUUGUCAUGCAGGAUGCGGAUGUGGACAAGGCUAUCCGAGUCGAGUGGCGUAAAGUGUGCCGCGCCUUGGGCCGUCGCGAGGAAGCACACCCGGACGAUCUCUUGUUCAGCUCGCCCAACGUCAUGGCGGCCUUUACCCAACAUGCGACUACGUUGCCGGAGCUGACGGCGCAGGUGCCAUUGGUGAGGGGGUACCAGACAGUUAAAAACAGGGAGGCUCGCCUCCACCGGGCCGCCGCGACUAUCAGGCCGACAGAGGUCGUACACGUCCAGCAGUGCGUUCGAUGGGCCGUGGAGCACGGGGUCGGCCUGACCGUCGUCGGCGGGGGUCAUAGCGGCCACUGUCUCUGGCCCAACGUUGUCUCGGUCGACAUGGGCGCCUUUGACCAAGUAAACAUUCUCACGGCGGGGGAGGAUGGAGGAGAUUCCGGUUCCAAUUCCGGUUCCUUGGUCGUCGCCGAGGCCGGCUGCAAGACGGGGGAUAUCGUGCGCAAGACCAUGGCAGCGGGCGUGACAGUACCCCUGGGGGCUCGCCCAAGCGUAGGUGCGGGGCUGUGGCUACAAGGCGGCAUCGGGCACCUGGCUAGGUUGCACGGGCUCGCAUGCGACGCCAUUGUCGGUGCUGUUGUGGUCAGCGUCGACUCCGGCCAGGUCCUCUGCGUCGGCCGUGUACCCAGCCAACACCGGCCGGCCGGUGCCGUGCGCCCGGAAAACGAAUCGGGUCUGUUAUGGGCGAUGAAAGGCGCUGGGACCAACUUUGGCAUCGUGGUCAGCGUGACUUUCAAAGCUUAUGUGGCUCCAACCUAUUUGACUCGAAACUGGGUGGUCCCGCUGAGUGACAACCUCGAAGCGCAGCUCAGACUCGGCGACUUUGAUAAACUCGUCGCCAGGAAGCUCCCCAGGAAUUGCUCUGCAGAUGCGUAUUUGUACUGGGACGCCGGCCGGCUGCAUCUUGGCCUGACCAUGUUCGAAUCUUCAACGACUAAGGGCGCCUUUGCGACACCCACGCCCACGCCCACGCCCGUAGGUGUAAUGUGGGAGCCGGGAGACGAUUUCAAGGCUGUGGACGGCGUCGGUUUGUUCGAGGCAGAGAUGUACGUGGCCAGGAUGCACGGCGGGCACGGCGGCGGCAAAACGUCCUCGUUCAAGCGAUGUUUAUUCUUAAAUGGCACCGGAGAAGCGAACGUCGUCGACCGCUUGGUAGCGGCCGUUGAGUCUCGUCCCUUGCCACUCUGCUAUCUCCAUCUGCUGCAAGGCGGCGGAGCGGUCGGCGACGUUGCGGCCGAUGCCACUGCUUUCGGCUGUCGAGACUGGGACUUUGCCUGUGUGAUAACCGGUGUCUGGCCCCGCGAUCAAGAUGGCACCGAAGCCGCACGAUCUGCUGUGCGGUGGGUUUACAACGUCGCUGGGGACUUGUUGUCGUUGAGCAGCGGAGCUUACGGCGCCGACCUGGGGCCGGACCCCCGAGACGCCGCGUUGGCGGCCAAGGCUUUUGGGCCAAAUCGGCCGCGUCUAGCGCGUCUCAAACAGAGCUUGGACCCGCGUAACGUGCUGGCUUUCGCCUGCCCGCUCCCGAAAGCGCCCUUGGAGCCGAAGCUUAUCAUUCUUGUCACGGGCGAAAGCUGCGCCGGCAAGGACUAUUGUGCCGACGUCUGGGUCUCCGUGUUCAUCAACCGCGCCCAGAAGAGCCUCACGGCGCGUGCAGUCAGCAUUAGCGAUGCGACCAAGCGCGAAUACGCGGCGGCUACCGGAGCCGACCAGAGCCGCCUGCUUUGGGACCGUGCCUACAAGGAGCAACACCGGCCAGCGUUGACCGCAUUCUUCCAGGCACAAGUGCGGCAACGGCCUCGGCUGCCAGAGGAACAUUUUCUGAAUGUGGUGUACGGCGCCGUAGAUGUGGACGUGCUGCUAAUCACCGGGAUGAGAGACGAGGCGCCCGUGGCAGCCCUGUCGCAUUUGGUGCCUGACAGCAGGCUACUCGAGGUUCGCGUCCAAGCUAGUGAACAGACGCGGCAGAUUCGCCGAGGGUGCGACGGCGGUAACGACGACAGGGACCCCAGCAAGGACAGCAACAAUAGCAGAUCAGAUUUGACGGCCUUGGACUAUCGCCCCAGCCUCAUCUUCGACAAUGACACGACCGGAAACGAGGCGGCGAAAAGGUUUGCCGAACAUUGCCUGUUUCCCUUCUUCCACGAGGACCUGCAGCGGCUGGCCAAAAUGGUGCCCUUGGUACCUGACUUCCCACGCCCGGGCGUAGAGUUCCACCACGUGCUCGGCAUCUCCCGGCAGCCGGGUGGGCUGGCCCUGUGCACGUCUCUGUUGCAAACCCACUUCACCGGUGACUGGGCCAAAGUCGAUGCGGUGGUGGCUUGCGAGGCCGGCGGCUUUGUCUACGCGUCGGCGCUGGCCUUGCGGGUCGAUGUGCCCUUGGUGCUGCUUCGCGAAGCUGGCAAACUCCCCCAACCCACCUUUUCUGUUGCCAAGCCCCCGUCGUAUAUCUCGUCUUUGGCAUCCAACAAUUCGAAAGAGAAGCGAAUCGAGAUGGAGCGGGACGUGGUCCCCAGGGGCGCGUCAGUGGUGGUGGUGGACGAUGUACUUUCCACGGGGGAGACGCUUUGUGCGGUGCUACAGCUAUUAGAUGAAGCUGGCAUCAGCGCCCAGGGUGUCAGCAUCAUGGCCGUGGCCGAGUUCCCGGUUCACCGUGGCCGGGAACUGUUGCGCCAACGUGGAUUUGGCAGAAUCAAUAUUCAAAGCCUUUUGGUCUUUGGCGGUGCUUAG